UACUUUCUUUCUGUAGAAGGUUCCUAGCAAUGCUUCCUGGGAUCAAGCACUAAAGUUGAUUGUGAAUGAUCCUCGUUAUGGAACUCUUAAAAAACUUAAUGAGAAGAAACAAGCUUUCAACGCCUACAAAACUCAAAAAGCAAAAGAAGAGAAGGAAGAACAACGUUUAAAAGCCAAGAAGGCCAAAGAAGAUCUUGAACAGUUUCUUCAGACAACUGAUAAAAUGUUGUCAACAGUGAGAUACAGGAAAGCUGAACAACUUUUUGGAGAGCUUGAUGUGUGGAAAGCAGUACCUGAGAGGGAAAGGAAGGAACUCUAUGAUGAUGUGUUGUUCUUUUUAGCCAAGAGGGAAAAGGAAGAAGCAAAAGCCUUACGUAAAAGAAACAUGCGAGUUCUCAGUGACGUUCUAGAUUCCAUGACCAGUAUUACGUACCGUACUACGUGGCAGGAUGCCCAGCAGUUGUUGUUAGACAAUCCAACCUUCUCUGAAGAUGCUGAAUUACUCG